AAGAUGAAGACAUUUAGCUUGAUUGUUUGUUUUUUCUUUGGGUUCAUUCUUCUGUCAAGUUUCAAUUUUCCUGAGGCUGCAGGAAGAUUUCAACUUCAAGCUUGCAGACCAAGCGGGACAAUAACUGGCAAAACUCCCCCUCCGGGGCAAUGCAAUCAAGAAAACGACUCGGAUUGUUGCAAGACAGGAGAGAAGUACAAAACUUAUACAUGUUCUCCAGACAUAACUUCAGAAACUAGAGCCACACUUACCAUAAACAGCUUUGAGAAGAAUGGAGAUGGCGGUGGCCCUUCUGAAUGCGACGGUCACUAUCACUCCGAUAGCAUACCAAUCGUAGCCCUUUCGACAGGAUGGUACAAGGGUGGGAGUAGGUGUUUCAACAACAUUACCAUCCGUUACAAUGGUAGAAGUGUGAGCGCCAUGGUUGUGGACGAAUGCGACUCCACUAUGGGAUGCGAUGAGGACCAUGACUACCAGCCUCCAUGUCCAAACAACAUUGUGGAUGGAUCCAAAGCUGUCUGGGAAGCCUUGGGCAUCUCUGAUCCUGAUGAUGUUGGCUCGCUCGACAUCACUUGGUCCGAGAACUAA